GGGACGCGGGCCCUCAACGUCGCGGCCCGUCCUUCCGAUUUGACGGGCAAUACACCACUACUGGAUCUCGGUCGGAUUCUCCAAGCGCACGGAAUUGACAACGGCUCCCGCCUCUUUGGAAAGAUGGAGUCCCUCGGUCCCUGCAGUUCCGUCAAGGACCGCAUCGGACGGUCCAUGAUUGAUCAGGCCGAACAGGCCGGUCUCAUUACCCCCGGCCGUACCACACUCGUCGAACCCACGUCGGGGAACACCGGGAUUGCUCUGGCCUUUAUCGCUCGCGAACGCGGCUACCGCUGUAUCCUCACCAUGCCGGAACAAAUGAGUACGGAACGGCGCAUGAUGCUUCUCGCGUUGGGCGCCCAAGUCGUCCUCACGCCCAAGGAGACCGCCGUCCCUGGUGCUCUCGCCAAGGCCCACGAAAUCGUCGAAUCUCUCAACGGCGACGGAUUCAUGCUACAGCAAUUCGAGAAUCCUCACAAUCCCAAGGCACACCGCGAGACGACCGGACCCGAGAUUUGGCGCGAUACGGACGGGGACAUUGAUAUUUUCGUGGCGGGAGUGGGAACCGGUGGGACCGUUACGGGCGUUUCGCAGUACCUCAAGGGAUCACCAGCCCACGGACUACCACCCCUCCGACCGAAUCUGCAAACCGUGGCGGUCGAACCCAUGGAGCAAAUGCUCAUUACGGCGGCCCUCGGUGGUGCCAAAAUUGGUCCCCAAGGUCCGCACAAAAUACAAGGCAUGGGUGCCGGAUUGGUACCGCAAGUUCUGGAUCUCACCCUCCUCGACGAAGUCGUCCCGGUCCAUUCCGAUCAGGCCAUCGAUAUGGCGCACGAAUUGUGGAUGACGGGUUUGCCCGUCGGGGCCUCCGCCGGCGCCAUUGUCCACGCCGCCGUCCAGGUACUCCAACGGCCCGCAUCGGCCCACAAAAUGGCCGUCUGCGUCAUACCCUCGUUCGGGGAACGGUACUUUACCCACCCCAUGUUUGCCGAAAUCAAAGAAAAGGCGCAAAACUUGCAAAAACAA